CCGGAAUUGCCUGCUCCUCAGCGUACCUCCCGAUUCAUAAUUAUUGCUUCUCAUACAAAGCACCGGUUAGAAUCAACUAUAAAAUUGAACUUCACACUCUCGUUUCCGUCCCUUAUCUGUUCCGCCUCGAAGCAAACAGCCAGGUCGACCACUCGUUGUCGCUCGAACACAGCAUGGACGGUCGCAUACAAUAUCCGACUGGGUUUUGCUGGGAUAACAUCAUUGCAUAUGGUACUACGGGUGUGAUAUGUCUUGAUGAGGCAUCACAAACUGUCGUCAAAUUUCCGCACCGUGAUGAGGACAAACCUUCCACCGACGUUGAAAGGCGAAUCUAUGAGCAAUUCCAGGAACACGGCGGGCACAAGAACAUUGUACGAUACCAUGGGCUUCACGAACAUAGCAUCCGCCUCGAGUAUGUUCCCAGUUUCAAUUUUGAAGCUCAUCUCAGCACGCAUAAAGUCGACUCUGAGCAAAAACUUCAAUGGGCCCAGCAAAUCAUUGACGCCCUUUGUUUUGUUCACUCAAUGCACGUUAUUCAUGGUGAUUUGAACAUAUACAACAUUCUCCUGGAUGAAAACCUCAAUGCGAAGCUUGCAGAUUUCGCCGGCUCCUCCCUGGAGGGUUCUCCUCUGUUAGUCGGGGUCACAGCAAGCUACAGGAGUCCUGGAGAUACCUUGUGCAUCCAGGGCGACAUUUUCGCAUUUGGUUCCACACUCUAUAAGAUUAUCACGGGUUAUAACCCGUAUCACGAUCUUACCGAACGCGAAAUCAAGGCUCUUUUUCUCAAGGGGAGUUUUCCCGAAACCAACUCCCUCGGACCGCUUGGAGAGGUCAUUUCGAAGUGCUGGCGUGGCAAGUACAAGAACACUCAUAGUGUUUGCAAGGAAAUCAAAGGUACGCAUGGAUUCUUGAUUUAAAGCCAGAGUUUCUUACAUUCAAUAGCUAUUUCCGCGCAUAGCUCCGCCAAAGCCUACUUAAUAAAUCCCGUUCAGCUCUCACUUACGUU